GGAGUCAUCACAUGACUGGGCCCGGAGCUCAAUGCUGCUAGAGAGUGAGCAGCAGGGAGACGCUUACUACAGGUGAGCUCCGCGAGGUAGACAGCAGUGACGUCAUCGGGUGCAUUAACAUCUUCGUUACUGGAAGUGUCAAGCGUCUCCCUGAAUGCUGCGCUAUGGAGGUGACCCAGGGAAGUCCUCUGAUGCUGCCCCAUACUUUGCAGGAGCUCCUGGGUCAUGAUACCGUGCAGGUGGAGCUCAUCCCUGAGAAGAAAGGCUUGUUCCUGAAGCACGUGGAAUACGAGGUGUCCAGCCAGUUCUUUAAAACUUCGGUGUACAGAAGAUACAACGACUUUGUCAUGUUCCAGGAGAUGCUGUUACAGAAGUACCCCUACCGGAUGGUUCCGGCUCUGCCGCCAAAAAGGAUGCUCGGAGCUGACCGUGAAUUUAUAGAAUCUCGGAGACGGGCGUUAAAGAGGUUCAUCAAUUUAGUUGCCAGGCAUCCCUCUUUCUGGGAUGACUCCCUCGUGAGCAUAUUCCUGUCAUACAAUGGCCAGGAUGUGCAAAUCAAGAUGCGGGAAUCCAGCCGCGGGGUCGGAGAUGAAUAUAUGACGACUGCAUUUGCUGCGCAGGCCAAGGAUUUCCUCCCCGCCGAUAUCCAGGUUCAGUUUGCUGCCAGCAGAGAACUCAUCAGGAACAUCUUCAACAGCUUCUACAAACUGCGGGAUCGUUCGGAGAGGAUGGCGUCACGGGCCAUCGAUAACGCCACGGAUCUGCUGGGCUUUGGAAAAGAACUAAGUGCCUUGGGCUCGGACACUACUCCUCUGCCUUCCUGGGCGGCUCACAGCUCCUGGGGUGCACUGAAGCAGGCACUUAAAGGGCUUUCUGUUGAGUUCACCAUACUUGCUGACAAGGCGGCCCAGCAGGGUAAACUGGAAGAAAUUGAUGUGGUGGAGAAGUUAAAUCUGUUCCUGGAUCUUCUUCAGUCUUACAAGGAUCUGUGUGAGAGGCACGAGAAGGGGGUGUUACACAAGCACCAGAAAGCCUUACACAAGUACAGCCUGAUGAAGAGGCAGAUGAUCAGCGCCACCGUGCAGAAUAAGGAGGCCGAGUCUGUGGAGCAGCUGGAGUCGCGUAUUGUCGAGCAAGAGAACGCAAUCAUGGUCAUGGAGUUAAGAAACUAUUUUUCCUUGUUUUGUUUGCACCAAGAAACCCAGCUAAUCCACAUCUACCUGCCCCUCACCUCCCACAUCCUCGGGGCAUUUGUGAAUUCACAGAUUCAGGGACACAAGGAGAUGAACCAAGUCUGGAAUGAACUGAAGCCAAAGCUGAACUGCCUGUUUGUAGGAUCCUCCAGCCUGGUUAGCCCACCAUUGUCCCCAGAGGAGAGGCAUUUCUUCUCUCGCUAGUAGAAUGUUCUGUGUGAUUUAUAUAAAUGGGGAUUUUGGGACCGUGAUAUGUUUGUCCUAAGGCGAUUCCGUGCACACACCCAUAGUAGAUGCGAGCGGGGUGCUGACCGUUAAAUGCAAGAACCACUUCAGAAAGUUCAUGGUUGUAAUAGCUUCACAUCAGACUUAAAAUGCAGCAAAUUUUGAGUAAAUUUAAAUGUGAAAAUAAUGACUUUCUAAUAUAUACUACACUCCUGCUCUCCUUACUGCUGCCAUAAUGUGAAUAUUUUGCUUGCUCUGUGGUUGCCAUGGUAGCAUCAACAGACUUGUGCAUGGACUUCCUGUCAUGUGGCUUGCAUUCACAGCAGUGGAGGUCACAUGACAGGAAGCUCAUGCUCAGAAGACUUAGAUUUAUAUUAUUGCAGCAGGUUGUAGAUCGGGAGUAACGAGGGGUAAAUUACAUUUUUCUAAAUUUUACAGAGUUUCAUUUUUUUUAAAGGUACGUAACCCCUUUAAGAUGUGUUCCAUGGGUCAUUUCCGCAUUUGAAUGCCCUGCCAUGGACAAUACGGUCACGUUAUUACGUGUUACUGAAUCAUGAAUGUUUCCUUAUGAGUGGAGGUUAGAAUGUUACUGCAGAGUAUUAGCCGAUGCUACCAUGGUAACCCCAGAGCAAGCGGAAUUACUGUAUAAACACUAUUGCAGUGCCAACUGAAUGGUUCAGAAGAGGGCUAUGUGUAAGGAUGGGCUCACACAUAGGCUUUUAGUGGCGCUUUCGCAAUUACAGUGGCAUUUUUGCACCUGGUCUUUUGCAAUAAAUGACCAGAUAUUAGCUGAAAAUACAUAAAAAAUCUAAUCGCGUAACAGUUUUUUUUGGGAGUGGUGUUUUUGUAAUUAGGUGUUUUUUUUUUAUUUGGCCUCUUUCCUCUAUAGGAAGAAAAAAAAAUAAGAAAACUAAAAAUUCACAAAGAAAAAAAAAACACCACUAAAAAAACGGCAGCGCAUUAUUUCUGUGUAAAGCGAUCUUACACGCCAGUAUAUAAUGUGCGCGAUUUUAAAUCUAGGAAGGCAAGACUUAUAGGAAAAAUCCACUGCCUCUUCAUGUAUAUGUAGUUUAGUUACAGAAUUAUUAUUAUAAAGGAAUUUAUUGUCCUCUAUCUGCAGAGAAAUAACCGAAUAUAAUUUAUUCCAAAUCUCUCUAACAUAUGUAAAUCUUUAUGCUGGAAAUUUGAGGUGGCUGCUUGACGUUGCACUUAGUAUUAGGCUCUGGGUUGUGCAGGAUCAUUACAGCAGACUUGUACCUAUGACACUGGCUGACCUGUCUUCAGCUGCCAAGCGCACGUGACAUCAGUGUUGGUCCAAUGUCCAUAUG